AAGACCGACAAGUUGCGUUCUCUCUUCCGUUCCCGAUUGUGUAGAUUGAAAGGGAAAAAUAAGAGAGGGGCGGUGGCAGUGGCACACGCAAUAGGAAAGCCAAAGUAUAUGCGUCAAAACUGCAACAAUAAUGCGCUCUCUGUCACGACGUCUCCAUUAGCCACUUGACUCACCCGUCCCGCUCUUUUUCUUCUCUUCUCUCAGUUUACACUUGCGAAGCUCAAGUCUUCUUUCAUGGCCUACUGCUCAGCCACAUGAACCAUGCCCCCCUCCGCCUUCUCUUAGUCUCCGCCGUCUUUUUUCUCCUUCCUGUCUCCCACUCUCCGACCUUACACUCCCCUCCCCUUCCACCUUCUUUCGACGCUAGCUUCUUCAGCUCUGCUGUUGGUGUUGUUCACGGUGAUAAGAUCACACCGAUCGGAUUGUUGGGCUCUAACUACCCAGUCAUGUCUAAAGCCCGUGUUUAUGCAGAUGUCAAUGUUCUGCGCCCCAAGGAGUAUUGGGAUUACGAAUCUCUUGCUGUUCAAUGGGGUGAUCAAGACGAUUAUGAGGUUGUCCGGAAAGUUGGAAGAGGAAAAUAUAGCGAGGUAUUCGAGGGAAUAAAUGUUAAUAACAACGAGCGGUGCAUAAUCAAAAUCCUUAAGCCUGUGAAGAAGAAGAAGAUAAAGAGAGAGAUAAAAAUACUUCAGAAUCUCUGUGGGGGUCCAAAUAUUGUCAAGCUUUACGACAUUGUUAGAGAUCAACAUUCAAAAACACCGAGUUUGAUUUUUGAGUAUGUGAACAGCACAGAUUUCAAAGUACUUUAUCCAACACUGACUGAUUAUGAUAUACGCUACUACAUAUAUGAACUUUUGAAGGCAUUGGAUUAUUGCCAUUCUCAAGGGAUAAUGCACAGGGAUGUUAAACCUCACAAUGUUAUGAUUGACCAUGAGUUGAGAAAACUUCGCUUGAUUGACUGGGGCCUUGCUGAAUUUUAUCAUCCUGGCAAGGAAUAUAAUGUUCGUGUAGCAUCAAGAUACUUUAAAGGCCCUGAAUUGUUGGUUGAUUUGCAAGAUUAUGAUUAUUCUUUGGACAUGUGGAGCCUUGGUUGCAUGUUUGCUGGAAUGAUUUUUCGCAAGGAACCUUUCUUUUAUGGCCAUGACAAUCAUGACCAGCUGGUCAAAAUUGCAAAGGUUCUUGGGACCGAUGAGUUGAAUGCAUAUUUGAACAAGUAUCAUCUAGAGCUCGAUCCUCAACUUGAUGCACUUGUCGGGAGGCAUAGCAGAAAGCCGUGGUCUAAAUUUAUAAAUGCAGACAAUCAGCAUCUUGUUUCUCCCGAGGCUAUUGAUUUUCUCGAUAAGCUUCUUCGAUACGAUCACCAGGAUAGGCUUACAGCAAGAGAAGCCAUGGCACAUCCAUAUUUCUCCCAAGUGAGGGCUGCUGAAAAUAGCAGGAUGCGAACACAGUAGUAGUAAUUAGAUUAUGUGGAGUAAUGCAUAACCCAUAGUGUUAUAUUUGCUAUGGGAUGUUUAAGCGUUGGUGUUACUAUAGAAAUAUGAGCUGCCCUGUAUUAUAGUUUAAGAAACUGAAGCUAAAAAGGACUUCUAUAUUAUUUUUUGAAGUCGCUUUUUCAUUGUUCUGGAGGAACGGUAUGUAAUGUGCAAAUUCUGAAGCGUGUAUGCUGGUGCAUUCAACACUUCAAGUAUUGCCAUAUUCUUCGUGAAGAUCAUUAAUAUAUGGUCAAAAUAGCAAGUUUAAGCUACCAAAAUUUUAAUAA